AUGUGUUACUAUGGCAGCUACUAUGGUAGACUAGGCUGUGGCUAUGGUGGCCUAGGCUGUGGCUAUGGCUGUGGCUAUGGCUGUGGCUAUGGCUGUGGCUAUGGCUGUGGCUAUGGUGGCUAUGGUUAUGGCUGCUGUCGCCCACUGUGUUGUAGACGGUACUGGUCCUGUGGCUUCUACUGA